AUGUGGAAAACAAACACACUAGAAUCCAUGCUCUGUAGUCCGGUAAAAUGUUCCUCACCCAACAUAGGGGCGCCAUAUGCACAACCUUCGAAGGAUGUCUCAAACACGGCUAAAAGAGGCGUGCAUCUUCCACCAUGUUCGUCGAUCAUGCACAUGCACACCUCACUUUCCCCUGAAGUAACUCAGGUUUCAUUACCACCCCCAGCUUACCACUACGCAUCUUCUUCUCUGCACCAGACAGAAGAUCCUGGAUGGAGACCGAGUCCCAACUCUAUGAUCUUCUCGCCGGUUAUAUCAACAUCACAGCCUCUUCCUUUAACGUUCAUUGAACGUCAAUCUUGUUGCCCUGUUUAUUCGACAGCAACUCCCUCAUAUAGUUCUCAACCUGUGACUCCACCUGUGCAGCAUUUUCAGGAUGAAAAUCAUAGAACAGCGAGUAAUGAACGAUACUCUCUCCCGAAUGUCCAUACGGGACAAAAUCCUGGGACGCUACUAUCCCAAACACAGACUGACUUGGAUCUUAUACAAAAGCAAUUGCGUGCUGUGGUAAAACUACGGAAGCAAUGCCCUAUUUGUGGAAAGGUUUGCUCGAGACCUUCAACAUUAAGAACACACUAUUUGAUACAUACCGGAGACACACCCUUUAAAUGUACUUGGGAACAUUGUAACAAAUCUUUCAAUGUCAAAAGUAAUAUGUUAAGGCACUUGAGAACACACCAAAAGAAAGUAGCAAAAAAAAAACAUCAGUGA